UCGGGCGGCUCUUGUCGACCGCCGAUGACGUAGAUCGAGCAUGUCUGAGAGCGGAGGAUGUUGAGGUGAGAUCUGAAUGCUCCUCUACAGAGUCUUUGCGUCUGUACAAAGUGAAAACACCCUAAAAGCUGCCGGUGUUUACAGCAGUUUCUGCUCUGCGGCCUCACUGCCAGCCUCAGCUUGUUCUGGUUUUGCUGUGAACCCCACAAUGGAGCAUAAACUGUACCAGCCCCCUCCAGAGGUCCGGGGUAUGACCUCUCUGGACAAGGAGGCCUUCACACAGACCGUCACCGUCCCAGCUCUACGGGUGCCCACAGGGGUCUUAAACAAAGUGGUUAAGAGCCUGAAGAAGGCGACCAUCCAGCGCCCAGGGGUGCCCAGAGUGGUGCAAGAUAAAGAGGAGAGUAGUGACUUUCGCCUGGUCCUGUUGGACCCAAACAGAGUGACCUCCUCGAGCUCCUUCAGUGAGGCUGAGGCCGAGGCUCUGAGGUCCUUCAGCGUCCCAGAGGAGCUGCACCACUACGAGCUGCGGCUCACCUAUCACAACCUGAAGAGCGAAGAGGUGCUGGAGGCCGUGCUCCCUCAGGGUCAGGAUGUGACAUCCGCCUUCAGCCGGGUGGGACACAUCGCACACAUGAACCUGAGGGAACACCAGCUCCCAUACAAGAACCUCAUAGGUCAGGUCAUCAUGGACAAAAACCCCGGAGUCACCUGUGUGGUCAACAAGACAAACACGAUUGACUCGACGUACCGUAACUUUAAGAUGGAGGUGAUGGCCGGAGAGGAGAACAUGGUCGCUAAAGUGAAGGAAAACGGCGUGACAUACGAGUUUGAUUUUUCUCGUGUUUACUGGAAUCCCCGGCUAAGCACGGAGCACCAGCGUGUGGUGGAGCUGGUGAACCGUGGCGACACCGUGUUUGAUGUGUUUGCCGGCGUCGGACCCUUCGCCAUCCCAGCCGCUCGCAGGGGAGCCAACGUGUUGGCCAACGACCUCAACCCAGAGUCCUACCGAUGGCUGCAGCACAACUGCAAACUCAACAAGGUGGAGAAAAAGGUCCGAGCCUUCAACCUGGACGGCAGAGCGUUCGUCCAGGGGCCCGUGAAGCAGGAGCUGCCUGAGCUGCUGAAGGGGAAAGCCGGCGUUCACGUGGUGAUGAAUCUGCCGGCCCUGGCUCUGGACUUCCUGGAUGCAUUCAGGGGCCUGCUGCACCAGGAGCCUCCGUGUGAGGAGAAGCUACCCACAGUGCACUGCUACGGCUUCUCUAAAGACGACAACCCUGAGACGGAUAUGGUGGCGAGGGCUUCCCGCAGCCUCGGCUUCCCCCUGAAGGACCGAUGUUCUGUGCAUUUUGUGCGUAAUGUAGCACCCAACAAAGAUAUGAUGUGUGUGAGUUUCACACUCCCUAAAGAGGUCCUCUUCAGCAACGAUCAGGAGCAAACAGAGUCCUCAGAGGAACCAGCCCCAAAGAGACAGAAGUGUGAAGAAGCUACAGACUCGACGUAAUCAUCAGAACAUCAUGCUGCUUUAAGGAAUGCAAGGAAACAUUUGAGUUGAGAAUUUUUAAGGGUUUUUCUUCCUUUUUUUUCCUUCUUUUUUUUUUACAAACUGAGUUUGACUGAUGUGAUUAAAACAGACGAUGUUGCAUCUUAUCAUAGGGAAUCAUGACCCAGCUGUACUUCAAUACAUUACUUUUUUUUGUUGCUCAUACUAGAAUAUAUAUGAACUAAUUCAGAGCUGGACCAUUUGUCUUAAGUUGUUUCACUUUUAAAUAAAUCUGAAAAACAAUGGA